UCCCCGCCUUUUGAGUGAGCAGCGGUCUCCUCGGGACGUCUCCUCCUCCGCAGCGGCGCUUUUCACGAUGUAUUGCGGAUUAUUUUCUUCUUCUUGAACAUGUAGUUAAUUCUUUACUAACACACGCUUUUUAACGAAUCAGCCGACGAGCAGCCAUGUUGCUGCCGUCCGACUUCGCUCGCCUUGUUUUGGGGUAUCUCCAAGAGGAGGGACUGUCGGCCACGAGCCAGGCUUUCAUCCACGAGAGCCCCAACCUGAAGGAGUACGCUGAACACACCACAGCAGACGGGACGAUUCCUGCUUGUGUAUUCUCUGUCUUUGGGAAAAGCCUGACGACCAUUUUAAAUGAGUAUGUGGCAGCCAAAGCAAAAGAGUCUUGUCACGAAGUUCCUGCAAUGAUGACCUCAUUGUGGAAGAAGCUGGAUUUCACACUCAACCAAAUCAAGUCACUACAGAAUUCCCCAGCUAUAUCGGCAUAUCAGAGAACACGUUCACGCGUCGGAUUAGCGAACAUGGCCCGACAGCGGGUCCUGACCGUGGUUUCGUCUGGCGGCGCCGUCGUCUGCUCCUCGGUGUCUGACACGAGCUCCGUCCUCAGCCCGGCCCACGCGUCCCACGGCGCGCUCAGCCACUCCACCCCCGUGAGCUUCUCCGCUCCGCACACCAGACAGCUGCAGCAGAUCCCCGACAGCAGCCGGAUACUGAACACGCCCAGAGAUUCACCGGUUCAUAUCAUCGUGUCAGAGAAUCGGCUAAAUCCAGGCCCGAUGUCUCCUGGACGACGGAAAUGGGACACCCCCAGGAAGAGAGGUGGGGCUCUGAGUGGGUCCAGUGGCCUCAGCAGAUCCGCCGCCGCCACCAUCAGUAACCUCAACGCUGAACCCCAACCCGAAGAGGCCGCUGAUCACCUUGUGAUACAAAAUGCUCGUGACAGGAUCCUGGGAGACAGAUCGUUACAAGAGAAACUCGCUGAAAACAUCAACAAGAUCCUGGCAAAUGAGCCGGUGCCACAAACAUCGAAGGCCUCUGCAGCCACGGUGGAGCCAGACCAGUCCAUAGAUGAAAUCCUUGGACUGCAGGGGGAAAUCCAUAUGAGUGACGACGCCAUCCACGACAUUUUGGAGCAGACGGAGUCAGACCCAGCUUUUCAGGCCCUCUUUGACCUUUUCGAUAACAAUAAAAACAAAUUCCCUGACGGAGAAACAGGGGACGCAGAUGUGAGCAGUAGUCCAGAAGAGAGCGACGCUCCCGGGUCGUCAUCGACGUGCCUUCAGAGUGACGAUCCAGGCACUUCAUACAGAGAAGCUAAUGUUUCCGAUACGAACUCUGUGAAGUCAACAGCAGUACAAGAGCGUAAGACCCGGAAGGCCGCUGCUCCCACCUUGUUGAAGAAAACGCUUCUCGCCCCUAGCGGCAGAGCGUCCAGAAUCGAAGGCAGCUCAGCCACGUUGUUGGUGAGUCACAGGGAUCACCGACGUGUCUCGUCCGCCGCCACCGGCUCAAACAGAAGAGAAAGAGCCUCGCUCUUCAAUAGCAGCGUUGUUGUAACACCCAUGGACGUUGAUGAACCGUUGAAUACACCUCCCCCUCCUUCGGACACUAACAUGGACUCCACCGCGACUGGACUCUGUGAACCGACCACAGUUCCCUCAACGUCGGCCUCUUUAUCUUUGAGUAGUCACCCUGCUUUUCUGCCUCCCGUACAAGUUGAGCUGAGCAUCACUCCAACACCGACUGCCGAACUUUCUCGUACGCCACUGUCGAGCAGUGGAGGAGACACUCGGCCGGCGUCCACUCACUCAGCUACCGCUGAAUCCGCCUCCUCGAGUGUUACAGUUACAGCGGUUCCCAUCUCGCCGUCAGAUUCCAUCGUGGCGCCGUUCACAGCGACGCCCGACUCACCCAUGUGUGCGUCUGCCUCCGCGACUCUCACGGCCACCCCGGCCUCGUCCACGCCCGACUCGCCCGUGUCCUUCUCCUCCUCAUCCUGUGCCCCGAUUGCCGCGGCCCCCGACACCUCCUCCUCCGCCGCCCCGAGCAAAGCCACGGCGAGUUCCGAUAACAUAGUCGCUCUGAAGAUCAUCAUCAGCGACAACCAGGAAGAAGAAGACGCUCCGAGCGACGCGGCCUUGAAUCAAGCGAUUACCAGCAUUUCAGGGGACAAGAUACCCACCAUCUAUCUCUCCUCUCCAGCCAAGUCCCCUGGAUUCAUCCCUGGCAUCCCUGGCACUCCGAAGACCACCUUGGACGAGGUGGCGCUGGCAGUUAGCGGCUUGCAAAGCUCCGAGGCGCGUGGUAGCCCAGUCGCCGCCGGUAAGGCGUUCGUGGCGUCUCCGUUAACGGGGACAUCGCAGGCCCAGCAGAGCUACGUAAUUCAACUACCCAUGGACGCCACAAACGCAGCUCUGCAAGGAACCACCGCCGGCUACUUCCUUGUGACGGAACCCCCGACGACAGACCUUCAAACCAGACAGGUGCUGCUGCCUGCCGGCCUAUCAAAAGGACGGCCAUUUGCCACCACCCAGUUUGGGGCGACCACGCCAACUCUAUCUCAAGGCUACUCUGCUGGGUCGGCACUCAUCUUACCAUCGCCUGUCAAGCCCCUGGUGCUUCCCAUCUCUGUUCUUGGUCAGAACACUCUGGGGAAUGUCCAGAUGGUUUCUAAUCAGCUUGUUGCCAGACCGAGCCCAGUGUCGGUGCCACAAUCCGAAACUGUCCAGUCCAAUUCCUCCACAGUGGCGACCAAACCGUCUACAGCUGCUGGCUCUGAGGAAAAUCUGGUCGUCAAGGUAAUUCAACCGCUGACGGCUGAAAACACAAGCCAGCAGGACGCAGCAAGGAGAAUUUUACGUUUUGACUCUUCUGCAGAAGUUCAACCACAAACUUCUGAAACAGCUCAAACCGCCUCACCCGCAGCUACGUCUCAAUCUUCCGCCCAGCGACCGGAGAAAGGUAAAACGCCGCCGGUCCCUCGAACGAGGCCUGCGAUCUUAGGAGGCAACAAGCCCAAGAGGAGGGUACAGAUUGUCCGAUGCUCAACGGGUCCUCAGACUGCAGGAGGGUUUGUGACGGAGGCAGAGAAGUCCGUGACUCUACAAUCGCAGCACCACCACAAAGAUCCCGUUAAAAAGAACUCUCGCAAACAAGAUCAUAAUGUCGACAGCCAAGAGACUCAAAGUGCAAGUACCAGCAGAGCCGAUUCGUCAGGAACAGAGACUUUGAAAAAGUUGGAGUCGAGAAGGAGAUCAAAAUCUGCUGACGGGACACACAAUCGUGAUAGUGAUGAAGCAAAAGCUUCUGAUUGUCUGAGCUCUAGAUUAUCGUCUUCUGAUUCUACAACGAGAUCCGUUACUAGAAAGGAGAAAGAGGAGAGCGGCAGGAAAGAAGCUGCUGCCGAAAAGCCUCCCGCAAAAUCCCGCGAGGGGCGUUCGGACAGGAGGACUCCCUCCUCUUCGGAGACGCCACAUGUGACGGCCAACAAGGAGAACGAAAUCAAGGGGAGCGCACAGGAGCAGCAUCCGCCGUCAACACCCACAUCCUCAGUAUCCAGAGACUUUAGCCCCCCGGCUGUCACUCUACCGAUACCCAACCCCGAGUCCAAGGCCACAAAGACCCUGUCAAAGACCAGCUCUCUGGCCAAACAGGCUGCUGAGAUGCUGCAGGACAUCCACGGACUCCACUCUCCUUCUUCCACCCCUGUCAAAAGGACCGGAGCAGGCAGUUCAGACCCACCUAGGACCCCUGGGACCGGCCGCACCCAGGAGGAGUCAGCCGCCGACUGUCCCAGAACGCCUUCCCGACAGAAGAAGGGCAAAGAUGGCGAGGGGACCCCCAGGCGUCCCAUGCCUCCCAACACCCCAGAAGUGCCCACCUGCAGCCCCGCCAGCGAGGCCGGCAGCGAGAACAGCAUCAACAUGGCCGCUCACACGCUCAUGAUCCUUUCGCGCGCCGCCAUCGCCAGGACGGGCACGCCCCUGAAGGACAGUCUGCGUCAGGAGGGAGCAGGGGACAAGUCGCCCACGAGCUCCAAGAACUCCAAGAAACGGAAACAGCCUUCGCCCGCAGAAAGUCCGUCUGCGAAGAAAGAGACAAAAAGAUCUUCCAGCAAAACGAGAGACCGGGAGAAGAAGAAACUUGUAGAUUGUUUUCCCCACGACUUGGACGUGGACAAGUUCCUGUCCUCACUUCACUACGACGAGUGAAACCGACCUCCUUAGGUUUCUCUCCAGGAAUAGAACAAGCCAUCUGCUCAGCCUUGGCUGAGACUUUAUACAGAAGUUGUCGUGUCUCACUUUCAGCCAAUGAGGAACUUUGAUUGAGCACAGCGGGGCGGGGCUGCAACCUUGGCACUUUGUUUUUCUGUUUAUCGUCAUGUUCACUUACUGUUUUAAUCACCCCUGUUUUUUCUUUUUACUGGAUUUGUUUUCACACCCUAACAUAACGAUCGGGAGCCGGUUUAUUUAAAAAAUUGGUGAUUCAAAGAGUUUUCCUUGGUCAAUAUUUGACUCUAGUUCAAUGAUUCAUUUUUAAUAACACUGAAUGAAGAGCUGUUGAUGUUCACAAAGGUCUGAUUAACAAAAGAAUAAAGUCAUGGACGAAUAUAAUAUUUUGUGGCAUAACACAAGUAUAGUUUUUUUGUUUUGAUGGUAGAAUCAGACACGAGUGCAACGGUUCAUAUUUGCAUUCUUUCAGUGUAAUAAAAAUAAAGAAAUUGGUCUCA